CGUAUGUAUGUCUCUCUUAAUUUUGUUUGUCCUAGAAGGAUUUCUGAUGGUAUGUCUAGAAACCACAGCUUAAAAGAAAAAGGAUCUCUGACGGGACUGGAGUUGAGAGUGGAGAAGCACAGGCCCAGGGGCUGGGGCUGUGUCCAGUCCUGGGGAAAGUACUGAGCUUCGGGCGUUAGGGAUCAGGCUAGGAUUUGAAUCGUAGGACGUUAACUGCUCAUUCCAUUCAUGGCUCUUGUAACUCAUAAAUGUCAUUACUGGAGAUGCCAUUUAGUGUCCUCUCUCAUUUUCAUCCUGCCUAAGCUAAAGGGAAUAAAAUCCAUGAUUGUUUAGUGCCCUUCCCGCUUUAAAAUUCUCUCUAUAUAUUUUUUGAGCAAAAAAACUGGAAACAGCAUAACUCCCCAACAAUUCAGAUUAAAAAGAAUGAGGUGAGCCUUAUGUGCUAAUAUGGAAGGAUGGAUCUCCAGGAACUAGUGAAAAAUAUUUCAAUUAAUUAUAAUAUUAAUGAUAUUAUUAUUAUUAAUCGUUUCUGUUUCACUACCAAGGCAUGAAAAGCAAAGUGUGAAACAAGCUUUCCUGCCUGUCACGGGGCCCAUGGUUUUCUAUUCGAUGCUGCCUGCAAAAGGGAUGAAGUCCAUGAUUUUGCCUCAGUUUUUCUUGUAUACCUACACCACAGCAUUCAACAUCAUCAAUGGGAAUGCAAGUUAUAGUCAUCGUCCACAAGAAAGUAUAUUACUAGGGACGGGAGUAAUUGCUUCUUCCACCUUUUUGGGGAUAAUCCCUCAUUUGGUCAGAAUGAAGCUUUCUUUGGAUAACCAUCGUGCUCGCUUUUUGAUCGGAAGAGCCUUACCUGUCGUCUUUCUAGCUCAAGUCACUGGAAUGAAUGUCCUGGCAUCCCGAGGUUUUGAGCCUGUGCGAGGGAUUGAGGUCAUGGACAAGGAAGGCAAUGUCAUAGGCCAUUCCAGAAGAGCCGCGGAAAAGGCCGUUAAAGAUACAGCAAUAUCCAGAACAGUGCUGUUUGGAACCUCGGCUUUUAUCCCAGAAGUCUUAGCAUAUCUUUUUAGAAGGACCCAGUUUUUCCUGCAAAACCCGUGGUCACUAUGGACCGUGAAACUGUCCUGUACCAUCCUGGUGAUGGGACUGAUGGUGCCAGCUUCUUUCAGCAUAUUCCCACAGAUGGGACGGACCACUUGCACCAGUUUGGGACUGUUCUGUGUCCUCUCCACGUGGAGUCGAGAUGUGGAAGUGUCCCAGAGAUGCACAGUUUCCAUCGUGGAAGCUCGCCCAGGUGACCGGGGUUGCUCUGGGGUCUGGUUAUGUGGGCCUGACUGGUGGAGUCAGUGCCCAGGUGGUGGAGCUUCUGGAAGGCUGAGCUGAGAAGACCUGGGUUGAAGCCCCAGCCCCGCUAAUCCCUGGUUGGCCUUCCUGGUGUGGCCAGCCCCUCCCGAGGCCUCCGGGGUGGCCGGCCCCACCUGUCGUUUCUUUUGCCUGAACUCUUCAGGUGUGUGCAGGGGUCCACCUUGGAUAAGGAGAGACACUCCUAGGAUGGGAAAUUCCAAGGAUGUAGGGUUACCUCCCACGAACCAGGGAUAAGGACUGGCCAAAUUCUUUAUUAUAUUAUUUUCUUUAUAAAAAACCUGGAAAGUUUAUAAAGUAUAAAACAGACAAACACACAGAAUCCUGUCACCCCAAAUACUUGAACAGUUUUGGAUUCUGUUUCUUUUUAAGGGUAUAUCAUAAGCAUUUUUCUGGGACAUAAAAAAAAAAAAGAACUUUAAAAUAGUCUAAGUGC